UAAAUGAAGCAUAAACAUUUCACAAGUGCAUGGGAACGGCUAUUUCAACAGGACUUUAAUAUUAUAAAUAAGGGUAAAAAUAGUGAAUAUAACUCCAUACACAUAAGGACAAAACAGCAGAUAAACAAAAAUAUGUUACAGGUCUGUUUUGAUAGCAGGGUAAAAACAAUGCUCAAACGCAAAAUUCAAGUAACCUAACUUGCACAGUUUGAAUGGUAGAAGACAUUUCCUAUUUAUUUGUUAAUGUCAAGAGUCAAGACCAUGCGUCCAGACAAAUUUGCACAUUUUGGACAAUAUUGGACAAAUCACUGUUGGACACUUACUAAUACAUUAUUUAACCCAAUGUUUGGUCCAUGUGUCAGGUUGCACUGUAAAAAUUGACUGUGAAUUUAACGGUAAAAGACUGUAAAGAUUCUACAGUAAAAACAUGUUAAACGAUUAACGGUAAGUUCCCCUACUAUAUGCGGUGAAAAACUGUAUUGGCCAUAACGUUAUUUUACGGUACUAUACCGUUUUUGGAAGUGGAAAAAGAACAUAUAAUUUACAGUGAAUAACCGUAAACUGACAUUCCCAGAAUUCCCUGUGUUACAUUUCAAAUUUGAUGUUUUUUUUGUUGUUGAAAUAACUAUGUUUCUUCUUAGUUCUUAAUGUUGUUAAAUGAAUGUUUAUUGCAUUAUUUCAGUUUCAUGUGUGUUACCAUGAUGGCGUUUAAUGUUUGUGUGAAUGACACUGUGCACCUUCUAUAUGUUAAUAUUUAAAAGCUGCUUGUGAUGGGCUUUGGUUCAUCAUGUGACUUUCUAAUCACCACCUGCUAUUGGUGGUUAUCAGUGUAUUACAGGUACAAAACAGAUUUCAGUACGUCAAUAGGUUGGUAUAUUAACAUUAUAUCAAUUAAUGAAAUUACGGUAUUUAACUGUACAUGCUUUUUACCGUUAUUUUUUUUACAGUGUGGUUCUGCCAAAUUGCCAGUUCCCAGUCAUUAUGCAGUCCUGUUUCGCAUAAAUCACUAUUGCCUACAGACUAGGUCCAGCAAAAAGAGAGCUCAAAUGCCCUCCAGUGUACAUUCUGUACAGUGCAGACAUUUAAAAGUUACAGUUUUAGAUUCUUGAAGAAGUCGGAUUUUGCUUUCCGUAUUCUUUUAACUGCAGGCCUAAUUGUCCAGUUCUCCUCAAUUACAUUCACUUUCCACCAUUUUAUCCUCUACAGGGUCACAGGGAGAUGGAGCCUAUCCAAAAUAUAGCAUAUGUUCAGUUCAAUAUUUGGGACAUUAUGUCCUCAUAACUGUGCAAAGGCACAUGUUUAUUUAUACAACAUAGCUAGUAUAUAACAGCCUGUCAAGAUCAUAUGUGCACGUUUUUAAUAUAGGUUAGAGGCUAUGUUUUUGCUCAUUAAAUUUUUUUUUUUUUUUACAAUUUGUUUAAUACUAUAUUAAUUAUAUUUGAUUUAUUUUGAAUGCAAAAUUAUGAGAUUAUUAUUUAUAACACAAUGUUCUAGAAAAAGGAAACUGACCAGCAGAAAUCGAGACAGCCAGCAACAGAGCGAUUAUUGAACCGGACCAUUGACAAAUUGUCAAUAUUGUUACUACUUUAAAUGUACUUUUCACAUAAUGUGAAAAAACCGUGUUAAUUUAAAAUGUCGUAAAGAUAUUUGGCGUUUGACUAAUAGUGCUAGCGAUACGCCCUUAAAUUAGGUUGCCCGAAGGAACCUCCUUUUUCAUGAUUCCCACACUUUUCCUGAUUUCCUGCAAGUGCCUUAAAAUUAAAGGUAGUAUCCUCUCGAAAAUAACUUUCAAUUCGCACACUGUGUACACGAGGGGGACAUGUGAAGUACACGAUUUUGCCCACAUGCAGGUUGUUGAAUAACCAACACCCCUCUAUCUGACGCAAAUCUCGUAGCGGCACUCCACAUAACGCUGGGCAAACUGAGCCAUUCAGAGUCAAAAUCGGGCUCUGGGGUCGCUCAACCUACCAAAGAGUGAUUGUAGUCAGCGUUAAUCGUAAGGACUGCAUUUAAAAGGACCACAAGAGUCCCAAAAGAAAGUCUGCGAUGGCUUCGACGCCCUCCGCUUCAGCGCUGUCAGCUGUGCUCCGGUGUCAGGGGAAUAUCCUCGCCAGAAAACAGGCGAACAAGAAGCGGCCUCCAGCGGCAGUGUACGGGCUCGGCAUGACAUGUGGAGACUCGGUCAAAUCUGCUUUUCGCUCUCUUUGGGGAUUUAUAUUUCACAGGGAGCGAGUGGAGAUUCCCGGAGUUUUGUCCGUUGCAGUGCGAUUUGAAACGGGCUGUUCAGGAAAAUCUUCGAUAAGAAAUGGUGAAUCCAAAGAUCUCCUGAUCAAAAGCUCCACAAAGACUGACAACAAAAUGUUAACUAGGAGAGCAUCAAGUGAACCAAAUCGACGGCCAAAGACGAAACUGGACAAUACUUUUACUUUUAAAUCCCAACGUUAUAGAGUUUUAUCCAAAAACAACCUGGUUCUGCGACUGGAUGGCAUGUAUUUACGAAAACUGAACUCAGAUUAUCCAUGGACUUGUUGUUUUUGUGUAGUUUACGCUCAGAACAAGAGCACACUAAACUACAGUAAUGUAAACCCGUUGUUUUCUUUUGGCUUAUUGUGGAUUUUAAGGAAUAAACUGAUGUGUUUCACAACCGCAGUGUCAGACAGUGUGCAGAAGCAACUUGGAAUAGGCUGGAACCAGCUUCAUCCGGAUUGUGAUAAAUUGAGUGGAUGCGUCAGAUGUACUUCUGAACAUCAUGAGGAUCAACCUAAGACACUGGAAGGAGCUGAACCUGGGGAAUGAGUCUACUGCUGAAGUCUGAAGACAAUGCACUUCACACAAAUGCACUUUCAUUGAUAGAUUGUACUCUUAUGUCCUCUCGUGUGCUGUCUUGUUCACUACAGCUUUACAGAAUGUAUUGUUUUAUACACUUUAUACUUGAUUGUACACUGUUGUUGCCACCCCAAUUAACCCUUUGUGGAAAAAGAAACUAUUACUACUAUUGUGACCCUGGACCACAAAACCAGUCUUAAGUGUCAAUUUUUUGAAAUUGAGAUUUAUACAUCAUCCGAAAGCCGACUAAAUAAGCUUUCAAUUGAUGUAUUGAUUGAUGUUAUGAUAGGACAAUAUUUGGCCGAGAUACAACAAUUUGAAAAUCUGGAAUCUGAGGGUGCAAAAAAAUCUAAAUAUUGAGAAAAUCGCCUUUAAAUUUGUCCAAAUGAAUUCUUAGCAAUGCAUAUUACUAAUCAAAAACAAUGUUUUGAUAUAUUUACAGUAGUAACUUUCUACAGUGUAUUUUUGGUUAUUGCUACAAAUAUACUCUAUUGGCUUAAGACUGGUUUUGUGGUCCAGGGUCAUAUAUAACCAAACUGCUAAACAUAAUCAGCUUUUAUAAUCUGGCAACUUUUUUAAAUAUUUAAAAGUACGAACAAUGAUAUUAAGUGAACAGGAAACUGACGCUGCAAUGCUUUUUUGACUUUGUGUAUGUUAAUAAAUAAGCCUCAUAA